GGCCGCCGGCUGCCCGCGCGGGCCUGGGCCGAUGCGCGCCGCGAGAGCCGCCUCCUGCAGCUGCUCGGCCGCCUCCCGCUCUUCGGCCUGGGCCGCCUGGUCACGCGCAAGUCCUGGCUGUGGCAGCACGACGAGCCGUGCUACUGGCGCCUCACGCGGGUGCGGCCCGACUACACGGCGCAGAACUUGGACCACGGGAAGGCCUGGGGCAUCCUGACCUUCAAGGGAAAGACGGAGAGCGAGGCCCGGGAGAUCGAACAGGUCAUGUACCACGACUGGCGGCUCGUGCCCAAACACGAGGAGGCGGCUUUCAUGGCGUUCACGCCGGUGCCGGAGGACACUCUGCGCUCUGUGCCCUACCCGCCGCUCCUCCGGGCCAUGAUUCUAGCUGAGCGACAGAAAAACGGGGACAGCAGCACCGAGGAGCCCAUGCUGAACCUGGAGAGGGCACGCAUUGGUCCCUGGGACUACCCUGCGAAAAAGGAGGUGAAGAGAAAGGCCAAGGGCACCCCAGUCUAAAAUGCUGGAACCUGCAGGCUGCCUGAAGGGUGUGAGCGCGGGCACCGUUUUGAUGAAAGAAAAUGUCUUUGGG